AUGACCGCGCUCCAAGCAUGGCAGAGCUUUUUCUCUCGCAGCCUCGCGACCCGUCUCGACCCUUCGGACUUCGAAUCCUACGUCCAGAUCCUCAGCACCAAGCACCCGCUGUCCGCGUCUCGAACUAGUGAUUUGUUCUUACGGCCGACCGAAACCAAUGCUAUAAGCUUGGACCCGAGGGUUGUGCGGUAUGUGCAGGUGCUGCUGGAGUUGAAAUUGGUCUCUGUUCCCAGUGUUCUGAGGGCGUUAUGGAAAGUCUCGAGCUUCAGGGACCAGAAUGGACACCAAGAUGGACAACAGAAGGUAGCAAUUGGAGGAGAGACUGGAGAGAAGACAGCUGGGAAGACAAGGGAUGAUGGCAAAAGGUGGAAUAAUUCCUACAUUGCGGAGGAAACUCUGUUCUACCGACUCACGAAGUAUAUCUCGUCCGGAACCGUACCGCACAAUACGCAAGAGGCGGUGGAAUUAGUAAUGGUCUGUGUGCAAUGGAUGCGAACUGUGAUCUCUGUUCAACACGCCGCGCAAGAGAUGCUCGGUCUCGCGCAGACACACACGGCAGAGAUGACGGCUCAGAACAUGGCGCUGGGGACGCUGAUCAUUGCGGUCGUGGAAAACGGCCGAGUCCUUCACGCACUGGGAAAAGGCAGUGUGCCCAAACCCGUACGGAAAGAGCUGAAAGACACGCUGGCGAACUUCGUGCCGCUCUUGCUGCAGAGUAGUCCGCAAAGUGCUGCAAGGUUGGAACUCUUUAGGACGCAGACCAUCCUAGCGAUUGAGCCGGUGGACAAGAAAGAACGGGCGGCGGAUAAGGAGAUUGAGGAGAUUUUGGAGGAGGGCAUGGCGUUGGGGGUUGAGAGUAUGGUUGUGGGUGAUAUGCCCACCAUGAACUCGAGGGCGGGGCUGUACGUGUAUUUGAAUUCUCUGCUUGUGGGAAGACCGUUGAUAGACGAUAAUGCUAUUUUUGCGUAUCUACAUAAUCGAUAUCAGGGUGAUAUUCAAUCAACUUUAAUAGAUCUUAUCCUUGCCGCUUUCGAUGUACUGGCAAACGCGACGUUCCGAAAUGAACGCGCCAAAUCUAUCACUAUUCUCAGAUCAUUCCUUAUCAACAAGAUACCUCUCCUCCUCGCCACACUCUCAGCAUCAUUAUUCCCACCUCUCACAUCAGAGUACUGUGUCACGGAAGCAUUGGGCCAUGUCGAUACAAACGCCUUUCCAACAUUGUCUGUGAUGUUCGAUGAGUCGAGUACGAAUAAUAUGUUCUCGGACUCGGUACGGCAAGACUUCUGUUUUGCAUGUUGUCUGCAUGGCUUGAUUGAGGAAUCGAGCAUCGAGACGCUCUUGGGUGAUGUUCCGAUGCAAAGCCUGCCGGCUGGUGGUAGGAGUCUGAAGGAAGACUUGGUUCAGCAAUGUUUAUCAGACCCUGAAAGGACUGAGGGGUUAAUAGAUGAGUUAGAGCGUAUGGAUGGGAAUGUUGGUGCUGUUAGUCAGGCGAUCACCGAGGUUAUCACACGAUUGUGCGCCAACAAGGAGACCAUGUCUCUGAAGAGUCUAUGUAGUCAACUGGCGAGAAAACCAUCGGCCCUCGAUGUCAUGCUUCUCUUCGAUAAACCAAUCUCAAUUCUUCAGCCUCUCUGCGAGCUUCUGGAUAAUUGGCGCUAUGAUGAAGAUCAGGGCGAGUAUCAACCGGUCUACGAGGAGUUUGGCUUAAUUCUACUGCUCGUCCUAUCGUUUACACAUCGAUAUGGCCUUUCAGUUGUUGAUCUCGGCAUUCGUACACAAGAUUCCUUCGUUGCAAAACUUCUCAAUCAAGGCCACCUCAGCCGAGCCAUGGACGACCUCACAGAACAGGAGCAAAGCCACCUCGAUGGAUGGAUUCGUGGCUUGUUCGAAGUUGGCACUCUCGGUGACGAACUUAUGUCCUCAUGCCCGCCUCAAGACUUCUAUCUCCUUGUUCCAACACUGUUCCAUCACAUCGUCCUCGCAUGCUCUACGAAAAACCUCACUGACGAUGGCCUGAAGAGUGGCCUUGAAUACCUCGUCGAACCAUUCCUCAUCCCCUCCCUCAUUCCUGGAAUCACCUGGCUCUCAUCACACCUCUGGGAGUCUCGCGGCGAUGCGAACGCGUGCGUCGCAAUUCUCACCGCACUGGUAACCAACUCAUCAAGUAACACGGAAGCAUCACAAAUGCUGACCGCCAUCCUAAAUAUCGUUGCGAAGAAUCUAGAGCACAGUCUCCGGUGGCUGCAACGAGCAGAACCCUCCCGACAAGACGUCGAGCCACUUUCGAAAGCUCUUCGGCCAAGCCUUGGUUGGGAACGUCGCGGUGCAAGCGACCACACGGAGCUUGAAUCCUGGACAUCUUCUCCUGGUGGCGGACUGGUCGUUGCUGUAAAGCAAACAAUUGCAAAUCUCGUCCAAUGGAGCUUGAAUCCCGGAAUCAAUAUCAAUCCUGCAAACUAUACUCACCGGCAAAUCCUCGUCGGAGUCAAGAUGCUCAGCGCAAAACGGAUCCUUGCGACUAUUAUUGAAGAAGUCAAAUCCCAAACGGAAACCGGAAACGGCAGCAUUGCCCUCGACGUAGCCAGUGCUUUGAUCUGCGCUCCUGACCCUCAAAGUUGGGAUAACGGAGCACCUGGUAUUGACGUCCUGGGCACAGAACCCAGGCCUCUACAACGGCGCAUGAACUUGCGUGAAGCGUUGAAGAAUGAAGCAGAAGCUGCACCUAAGACACAGAAAAAUGAUGCUUUUCACGCCGAGACUGUCGUCAGGCUAUAUAGGAAAGUUGAAGCCCAGUUGCAGAUGCCGCAGCAGACGUUAAUGAGCCAUGAUGCGCUGGAUAUAAAUCAAGCGCUCGAUUCCGCUGCUUUGGAUGGCGCGAUGGCAGGAGUAGGGAGUCUGGAUGGUAUGGGUAGUAAUAAUGCACUAGGAAUGGGGGAUGGGAUGGGCGAUUCGGAUUUGAUGCAUGGCUUAAUGGGCUCCGGUGCGGAUCUGCUCGAUGGAUUUGGACCUGGGGAGUUGGGUGAUGGGUUGGGAUUCUGA